CUUUCCCUUCCCAUCGUAACGUAGAAGUGGAAAAGAAAGAAAAUUGAUUUCUGAACCUGAAUCGAAGCAAAGAAGGAAUUGCAGAAUAACGAUUGAAAAUGGUGAAGGUUGCAACGUACUUUGGAAUGUCCUUGGCAGCUUUCGUUUUCUGGCAAUCCAUGGACAAAGUCCAUGUCUGGAUCGCUCUUCAUCAGGACGAAAAGCAAGAGAGGUUGGAGAAGGAAGCGGAGAUCAGAAGGGUCAGAGAACAAUUAAUUCGGGAGCAAGCCAGUCAGAAGGAUUCUUCAUAUUGAAUUCAAACAUAAUGUCGUAAUUUUUCUAUCCUUUGCUUUGUAAUUUCUCUUGUUGUCAAUGUAAUGUCGUAUGCUCAAAUAAAAUAUGGUACUCGACGAUCAUUUCAAAUUUAAUUGAGUGGAUAUGUAAGAUUGUCCUUUGAUGUUAUACAUGAUAUUGUUCCAUAAAAUGGUACUUGCCAUUAAUUGUUAGAACAAUGCUAGCUUUGCUCGAUUUUGUCUGUGUAUUGGUAUUUGGCUCGGGUUAUGAACCAUAUUUUAAUUGUUUGCA